UGAGCCCCAGAACUACGUCAGGUUCAGCCAUGAUGUGGUUUUGAAUGAGGAAGAAGCGGGAGAUGUUUUACUUCAACGAGUUUAUUCACGUUUUAUUGAAACAUUAACGAUCUGGAAAGGAGUUAAUCUCAAACAAAAGAUGAGAGCAAACUUUCCGACCGCGCGAGCAGCGACCUAUGGCGUUCCAGCGGGAAUUUAAACACGACUCGGUAAAUUAGCCGUUUAGCUAACGACGCUAGCUAGAAACGGCUAAUUCUAGGCUAAGAGGCUAACGGUUUGUUUUUCCUUUGGAAAGUGAAAAUUGUGUUUAUCUGGAGCGUUUCCCUUUAAAACCGCCAUAGCAAACCUACCUCACUCGAAUAAGUCGAGCUCGACUUUAAUUCAGACUAAUAGCAGCCAUCGCGUAUCUGUUCUUUAAAUCAUCGCUGUCAUUUAUGAACCUUUAACGUCAUGCUGAAUAAAAUCUACGAAUGGAUAGAGACGAGCUUUGCCAAUUUACGCAACGGAGAGCCGGCUGUGGAGCAUACACCUCGACACCCGGCUCCGAGAGAUGCUCUGAUCAGAAGGAAAAGAACAAUUGAUUGUUUGGAGGAGGACCAAAACACCAAUGAAGAAAAUUUACCUAUUAAGAAAACACGAAUGGGUGAUUUCAUUGAUUCAGUCAGGAGUGCUGCUGAAGGGGUUAAAACCCAUAGUAACAAUGUAGCUACAUGGAUGAGGAGAAAUGUAAGCCCAGCCUUGAGGAAUAUGCUGCCUACCUCCUCUGAUUCCCCUCUGGAAGAACCACAGCCGUCAACAUCAGCAGCAAGUAGACCGAUUGUUCACAGGAACUCUUUGGGUGAAACAUUUGCAGCUCCUUCAACUACACUUGAAUGGAAAACACCCAGAUCAGAGUGGCUUCGUAAUGAGAGAAUGAUUAUGGGAUCUAAAGUCUGUAGGCGACAAGUUUGUAUGACUCCUGCACAUCGGGAGGUCCCAAAAACGAAUGGCCAUCCUAAUAGUGUGCCAUCCUCAAUUAAUACCAAGCUGCACCCCUCCCCAAGAUUAGGCAGACCUUUAAACCUCCGGCCACUCAGUGCUUCAAGUUUCUCGGGUGGAGUUGGCACAACAAGCAGCUCCUGCAGCAACAUGUAUGAGAAGACCUUUCCCAUCAAAGCGGUCCAGAGCCCAACUCACAGCACCUCGUCAAGUCGCUUAAACAGAGUGGGGUACCACUGCACAGCUCAGGAGUCUGUUCGUGAGGAGGAGAAGGAGAUCUACAGGCAGCUUAUAACUAUGGUGUCAGGUGGUCAGUCAUCUUUCCUUCAGAAUGGCAGCACACACACCUUUGUGAGGUCCCAUAGAGAUUUCACCAGCUUCCUCACCAGCCACAGACGCCUACAAAUGGCUUCUCCAGCUGGAUCAGCGGCUGGAGGGACUUCAGAGGGACCCAGUAGCCCACCCAGCCUCAGAGGGAUGUCAAGCCAGAACUCCAGCAACCUCCCCAGUCCUGUAGGGCCCUCCAGCAAGUCAGAGACCCAGAUUUGGUCCCCAGACACAGACCUUGGCUCUGGUCAGACCACUGUAAUCUUCUCAGCUCCUUCCCCAUCAGCUCUACAAGAUGGCACCUCUCAGGGGACAGAAUCAUCAGCUCAUGACGGUGACUCUGUAAUUAUUGUAAAUGAGCAAAAAUGCAAAAAGCAAAAUAUCUCAAGCGUGCCAUUAUUCCAAGCAGAGCUAUGGAUUAAGGAAUUGACUAGCAUGUAUGAUUCUCGGGCGAGAGAAAGACGGAGACAAAUCGAAGAGCAGGAAGCCUUGGCCUCCCAGCUUCAGCGACAGCGCUUGUCUGAGGAGGGAAAACUAAGCCCAGAUGUUGAGGUCCAUGUUCGUGUUCCAUUGGAGAAGGAAGUUCCUCUGACUCCUGUCAUAGAGGAGUCCAAGUCUGUGGAGGAGAAACCAGAAUUUCCAGACCUCACAGAGGAAAUGGAAGCUGAGGUGCACAGAGUUCUGAUGAAAGGAGCAAAUCCUCAUGAAGUACUAAGUGAAGGUUUCGGUCUCAGCCUCACACGAAAAGACCUCCAGACCCUCAACAACCUCAACUGGCUCAAUGAUGAGGUUAUCAACUUUUACAUGAAUCUGUUGGUUGAGCGCAGCAAACAGCCAAACCUCCCAUCUGUCAAUACAUUCAACACGUUUUUCUACCCCAAGCUUCGCAGCAGCGGUUACUCUGCUGUCCGCCGGUGGACCAAAAAGAUGGACAUUUUUGCUAAAGACAUCCUUUUGGUUCCUGUCCACCUAGGGAUGCACUGGUGCCUCUCAGUGGUGGAUUUCCGUAAAAAGUGUGUUUUGUACUUUGAUUCUAUGGGAGGAAGCAACAAUGAAGCUUGUAAAAUGCUUUUUGACUACUUGCAACAGGAAAGUAGAGACAAAAAAGGCAGAGAACUUGAUACCUCAGGCUGGACUCUCCACAGCAAGAAGCCCAGUGAGAUCCCUCAGCAGAUGAAUGGCAGCGACUGUGGAAUGUUCACUUGCAAAUAUGCAGAUUACAUUACCAAAGACAAACCCAUCACAUUCACACAGAAACACAUGCCGUACUUCAGAAGAAGGAUGGUUUGGGAGAUUGUGAACCACAAAUUGUUGUGAUAUCACAGCGGCUGUCCAAAGACUUUAAAGUCGGUUCAUGAUGAAGGGUGAGCUCCAUUCCUCAGGAGGUUCAACCAAGACUUGCACACCAGCUCCUCUGACCAGAAACCAGCUGUUUCAUCAAAGCCCCCCUGAGCUAACGUUGGCUGACAGGAUGUUGCUGGAGCUUAAAUCACUGCCUCCCACUCCUUUUCUUUAUUUCUUUGACUUGAUGCUGCAGGGGAGCAUCGGAAUAGCAGCUAAAACACUUUGCAAUUGGCUCUAUUACCCAGCCACAACUGUUUUUGCAUCAUAUGUAGUGAUGUGUUCUGUAAUGAAUCAUACUCUGAGAUUGUCAGUCUGUGACAUCACAGUGUUGCAUAAUCUGAAUUUACCAUUAAAAUACAUUCUCCCAUAGUUUGUUAAAAUGACAAAAGGGCUGCCAACUUUCAUCUAUGAACAGUUACUCAGAAUAUUUUUUUCUGUUUAGUCACCUGACAGCUACAGGUCUGUGCAGUAUGGAUAGUGCUUACCAUGGAUGAUGGAAUAAAAGGUCAAGGAGAUGCUGCCUCAGAGUAUGAUUUAUCAUUUAAAUAAAACAAUGUCUUACUUUUAGCAAUCCAGGUGUAACCGAGCAUUUAAAGCCUAAUUCAGCAGGGUAAAAAAAAAUGUCAUUUCCUUAUUCUUGAUAAAAUUGUAAAUUAAAAUCUAUUUUAUGUAUUUGAGUCUUUUUGUUAGGCAGCAACUUUUUGGUCAUUCGGUGUAUUUUGAAUUUUUGUACAUACUUGAACUAUAUACAGCCCAAGAUGUAACAAUAAACAUUUUUUUAUGUA